CCCCACUUCCAGGUUUUCUCCCGGCCCGGCCCAGCUUGCUCCCGCCUGUCUCCGGCCCCCCCCCCCGCCCGCCCCCCCCCCCCCCCCCCCCCGUGCCGCCCGCUUGGCCAAGUUUGCGAGCGUCGCCGCGCACGCCGGCCAGUCAAUCAGCGGCAGAGCUGAGAAGGGCACAGCCGCGCGGCGGAGGGCAGAGGCAGCCGAGCCGAAUCCAGCCGAACGAGCGGACCAGCGCAGGGCAGUCGGAGCAGCGCGCAGCGAGCGCCCGCCGCUGCCCACCCCCUCCGUGGUCCCCGUGGCGCCUGCUACGUUCCCCUCCUUCCCUGCGUCUCAACCUCGCCAGCCGGCCAGCUUGCCGGGUUCGCUUCCCUGCGGAACCCCUAGGUCACCGGCCCGCGCCUUUGCUCCCCUGGGCCGCGCGCCGCCUCCACGCCCUCCUUCUCCGGCCAGGCGCCUGGCACCGGGGACCGUUGCCUGACGCGAGGCCCAGCUUCACUUUUCGCCCCGCGUCUCCUCCGCCUGCUUGCCUCCUCCACAACUCCAACUCCUUCGCCCUCUAGCUCCACUCGCUAGUCCCUGACUCCUCCAGCCCUCGGCCCGCUGCCGUAGCGACGCUUCCCGUCCCGUCCCAAAGGUGGGAGUGCGUCCGCCCCGGCCCGCACCAUGGCACGGUUCGGCUUGCCCGCGCUUCUCUGCACCCUGGCGGUGCUCAGCGCCGCGCUGCUGGCUGCCGAGCUCAAGUCGAAAAGUUGCUCGGAAGUGCGACGUCUUUACGUGUCCAAAGGCUUCAACAAGAACGAUGCCCCCCUGCACGAGAUCAACGGUGAUCAUUUGAAGAUCUGUCCCCAGGGUUCUACCUGCUGCUCUGAAGAGAUGGAGGAGAAGUACAGCCUGCAAAGUAAAGAGGAUUUCAAAAGUGUGGUCAGUGAACAGUGCGAUCAUUUGCAAGCUGUCUUUGCUUCACGUUACAAGAAGUUUGAUGAAUUCUUCAAAGAACUACUUGAAAAUGCAGAGAAAUCCCUGAAUGAUAUGUUUGUGAAGACAUAUGGCCAUUUAUACAUGCAAAAUUCUGAGCUAUUUAAAGAUCUCUUCGUAGAGUUGAAGCGUUACUACGUGGUGGGAAAUGUGAACCUGGAAGAAAUGUUGAAUGACUUCUGGGCUCGCCUCCUGGAGCGGAUGUUCCGCCUGGUGAACUCCCAGUACCACUUUACAGAUGAGUAUCUAGAAUGUGUGAGCAAGUAUACGGAGCAGCUGAAGCCCUUUGGAGAUGUCCCUCGCAAAUUAAAGCUGCAGGUUACUCGUGCAUUUGUAGCAGCCCGUACUUUUGCUCAAGGCUUAGCGGUUGCCGGAGAUGUUGUGAGCAAGGUCUCCGUGGUAAACCCCACAGCCCAGUGUACCCACGCUCUGUUGAAGAUGAUCUACUGCUCCCACUGCCAGGGUCUCGUGACAGUGAAGCCAUGUUACAACUACUGCUCAAACAUCAUGAGAGGCUGUUUGGCCAACCAAGGGGAUCUCGAUUUUGAAUGGAACAAUUUCAUAGAUGCUAUGCUGAUGGUGGCAGAGAGGCUAGAGGGUCCUUUCAACAUUGAAUCAGUUAUGGAUCCCAUCGAUGUGAAGAUUUCUGAUGCUAUUAUGAACAUGCAGGAUAAUAGUGUUCAAGUGUCUCAGAAGGUUUUCCAGGGAUGUGGACCCCCCAAGCCCCUCCCAGCUGGACGAGUUUCUCGUUCCAUCUCUGAAAGUGCCUUCAGUGCUCGCUUCAGACCGCAUCACCCGGAGGAACGCCCAACCACAGCAGCUGGCACUAGUUUGGACCGACUGGUUACUGAUGUCAAGGAGAAACUGAAACAGGCCAAGAAAUUCUGGUCCUCCCUUCCGAGCAACGUUUGCAAUGAUGAAAGGAUGGCUGCAGGAAACAGCAAUGAGGAUGACUGCUGGAAUGGGAAAGGCAAAAGCAGGUACCUGUUUGCAGUGACAGGAAAUGGAUUAGCCAACCAGGGCAGCAACCCAGAAGUCCAGGUUGAUACCAGCAAACCAGACAUACUGAUCCUUCGUCAAAUCAUGGCUCUUCGGGCAAUGACCAGCAAGAUGAAGAAUGCAUACAAUGGGAACGACGUGGACUUCUUUGAUAUCAGUGAUGAAAGUAGUGGAGAAGGAAGUGGAAGUGGCUGUGAGUAUCAGCAGUGCCCUUCGGAGUUUGACUACAAUGCCACCGACCACUCUGGGAAGAGUGCCAAUGAGAACGCCGACAGUGCUGGUGUCCGUCCUGGGACACAGGCCUACCUCCUCACUGUCUUCUGCAUCUUGUUUCUGGUUAUGCAGAGAGAGUGGAGAUAAUUCUCAAACCCUGGAAAAAGUGUUCACCAUCAAAAAGUUAAAAGGCACCAGUUACCACUUUUCUACCAUCCUAGUGACUUUGCUUUUUAAAUGAAUGGACAACAAUGUACAGUUUUUACUAUGUGGCCACUGGUUUAAGAAAUGCUGACUUUGUUUUUCCAUUCAGUUUUGGGAGGAAAAGGGACUGUACAUUGAGUUGGUUCUUGUCCCUCAAACCAUGUUAAACGUGGCUAACAGUGUAGGUACAGAACUAUAGUUAGUUGUGCAUUUGUGAUUUUAUCACUCUAUUGUUUGUUUGUUUGUUUGUUUCUCAUUUCGUUUUGGGUUUUUUUUUUUUUUCCAACUAUGAUCUCGCCUUGUUUCUUACAAGCAAACCAGGGUCCUUUCUUGGCAUGUAACAUGUACGUAUUUCUGAAAUAUUAAAUAGCUGUACAGAAGCAGG